CAGGGGAGGGGGAGGGGGAGGGGGAGGGGGAGCGAGAGAGAGAGAGAGAUUUUGUUGUGUUGGGUUCUUGUCCAACACCAAUAAAAGUACUUUGUCUGAUCAGCAGACAAGAGGAAAGGCAAAUUGGCAAAUGAUAAGUUCGCUCCUGAAGUUCCAAAAAGCAAGUGUGUCUGUGUGUCUCUCUGUCUUUCACUCUCUCUACUCUCUCUCUCUACUCUCUAUUCUUUGGAAUAUCCGGAAAGGGAGAAAAGGGAAAGGAAAAAGGAAUGGAAGGAGAUGGAGAAGGGGAUCAGAGAAGUUCUGAGGGAAAGGGAAACAUGAGGUUCAAGAGGAUAUGUGUGUUCUGUGGGAGCAGAGCAGGUCACAAGUCUGCAUUCAGUGAGGCUGCCCUUCAGCUUGGCAAACUGCUGGUUGAGAAAGAGAUUGACUUGGUUUAUGGAGGAGGGAGUGUCGGUUUAAUGGGCUUGAUCUCUCACACUGUCCACACCGGAGGCCGCCACGUUCUCGGGGUGAUUCCUAGAGCCCUUCUGCCUCAUGAGGUAGCAAAGUUUGUUCCUAGCCAUCAGAUGACAUAUAUAUAUAUAUAUAUAUAUGCAACUGCCCAUGAUGCUUUGUAUAAGAGAGGCGCUAACAAAGUAAUUGUACAGAUAUCAGGGCAGACCAAUGGAGAAGUGAAAACAGUCACAGGCAUGCACCAGAGGAAGUCAGAAAUGGCUAAACAUGCAGAUGCUUUCAUUGCACUUCCUGGUGGAUAUGGAACCAUGGAAGAACUCCUGGAGAUGAUCACCUGGGCUCAGCUUGGGAUCCAUGAUAAGCCUGUGGGAUUGCUGAAUGUAGACGGGUACUACGACAGCUUGCUAGCUUUAUUCGAUAAAGGAGUGGAGGAGGGCUUCAUAGACCGUGCAGCAAGGCAAAUCCUCAUCUCAGCAGAUACAGCACCGGAGCUUAUCAAGAAAAUGGAGGAAUAUGAAGCAGUCCAUGACAAGGUCGCACCCAGACAAAGUUGGGAAGUGGACCAAUUAUUAGAGCCUGCUGCUGCUCAUACUCAGAGUGGGGCUUGGGAAAUUUAGCUCCAUACAUACAACAGACUUGAUGAAUUGAAUAAUGAUGACUGAAAUCAUCUCAGUACGCAUCUAUUCGUACGUAUAUUAUAUAUAUAUAUAUAUGUAUUAUGUACAGAAAUAUGUAGGUAUCAUUAAGUGUGGCGAGAGUUCUUAAUUUUCCGUGGCAGAAGGAGCAGCAGCCAGCACCACUAUAUGUAUUUAUAUACAUAUGUAUAUGUACAUGACUUUAUAAUCCAUGAUCAGUUUAUGUUUGUUCGAUU